UCUCCUUCGGUCCUUCUCUUCUAUUUUCUCCCUCUUCUCCUCCUCUUCUAUUUGUCUGCUGAAGAAUAACUGAAUUAACUCAACAUAAACAAGGAAAAACGAGCAUUAAUGCAAGGAUUUGGUAUAGGUUAAUUUCGGAGUAACUACAAGAUGGAUCCAAUAGAGAUGAGAGAAGCAUACAUAGAUGAGGAUAUACAACAUACAAAAAAUAAAAAGGGGAAAAAGGCAUAUGGGAAGCAGGCCAAGCAGCAUAUGGGAGUGAAUAAUGACAACAUUGAGGAGAGUGGUGUUGAUCCACAAGGAGAUCAAGAGAAUAAUGAUGGUCCACAAGGAGGUGAGGAUAAUGAUGAUGUGAAUGAGGAGUAUCACUAUGACUCUAAGGAUUCAGUACAUUGGGAUCAAAUAUUAGAUGAGGAGUUGGCAUAUGAUGAUGAUGAAUUGAUUGCAUUUAGGGGAGAGUUACUUGAAAGGAGAAGGUCUCAGUUGGCAUCCAAAUGGCCUAAUAACAAUGAUACUAGGGGCCACAACGUCAGUGAUACUAUCCCUACUGAAUCUUUAUGUAAUGAACAAGAGAAUGAGGAUAAGAGGUCAAAUGAACCUCAAGCUAGGCAAAGUGGUCAAGUGGCCAAGUUAUUGGACAACCUUUGAAGGAGGUUACGAGUCUGAUCAGAGAGACUCCGACAACGAAGAUCCAUUUUCAUCUGGAGAAGAUUUUGACAGUGGCAUACGUACACAGAAAAGAAGGAAGAAGUUGGUAUACCAUAUAUUCAAUGAGAAGACCGACAUGAUCAAAGUUGAGUUGGUUGUAGGACUCAGAUUCACUUCAAGAGAUGUGUUUAAGGAGGCUGUUCUUGCUUAUUCCAUUCAACAACACAAGGACUUGGUUCAUAUGAAAAAUGACAAGAGGUUUAUCAGUAUUGGAUGUGCGAACUGUAGGUGGGAACUUACAUCUGGUCCUGAUCUUGAAGACCCUACAGGCUGGCAAAUAAAGUCCAUGCAGCCUGUUCAUGAGUGGUGCACAAGAACUUUUGAAAAUAGGCUAAUCACCGAGAAUUGGUUAGUGAAAGAAUAUUUAGAUAGGAUAUUAAGAAACUCUUUGAUAAAAGAAAUUGAGAUUAAGGCUGACAUGAGAGCUAGAUAUGACAUUGUUGUAGGAAUAAGACAAUGUCAAAGGGCUAAGUUAAAGGCUCUUAAUGCUGUCCAAAAUUUAAUGAAGAAACAAUAUGGAAUUCUGAAGCCAUACCUUAAAGAUCUUGUGAAAUCCAACCCUGGAACCACAUGCGUCUUGAAGACUUUUGAAGGUGAAGCUAAUCAACCAAAACAGUUUCUCAGAUUUUAUGUUUGUUUUGCUGCUUUGAAGAAGAGUUUCAUAGAGAAUUGCAGACCCAUAAUAGGGCUUGAUGGAUGUUUCUUGAAGCAUGCUUGUGGUGGCCAAUUAUUAUCUGCAGUUGGGAGGGACGCAAAUAAUCAUAUGUUUCCGAUUGGAUGGGCUGUAGUUGAGAGAGAAACCACUAGCAGUUGGGAUUGGUUCUUGAAAUUUAUUUCAGAAGACCUUAAAAUGGAAGAUGGUGAGGGUUGGACAGUGGUGUCUGCCCAACAAAAGGGGCUUGUGAACUCAAUCGAAAGCAUCUAGCCAAAAGUAGAACAUAGGCAAUGUGCCAGACACAUAUACACCAAUUGGAGGAAAAAGCACAAGGGAGGAAUGAUACAAAAACAAUUUUGGAAAUGUGUUAAAGCCACUAGUUCUGGUCAAUAUGAGAAGUAUUUGGCUGAAUUGAAAAAAAUGUCGGAAGAUGCCAAAGUGGAUUUUGAGAAGAGGAACUCUUAACACGUUUUGCAAAUCCAAAUUUAAAACUCACUCAUGUUGUGACGUGGUUGACAACAACAUGGCAUGAACUUUUAACAGUUUUAUUCUUCUAGCUAGGUACAAACCUAUAGUAACUAUGCUGGAAGACAUAAGGCUUGCCCUGAUGGAUAGAAUGAGAAGUAAAAAGAACAUGGUAAAAUCCUUUGUUGCUGGGAUUGCACCUAGGAUAAGUCAAAAACUACAAGAGUCAUAUGAAGAAGAAAAUAAGUGUGAAUGAUGAAGAUUCUCAAACUGGGUUUGAAGUUAUACAUUAUGGAGUUGGACAUGCCGUGGACCUUGAUAAGAGGACUUUUAGUUGCAGAGCUUGGGAUUUAACUGGUAUACCAUGUGCUCAUGCAAUGAGUGCUAUUUUGUAUAUGCGGCAUCAACCUGAAGACUACAUCGCAAAAUGGUACAAAGAUGAAACCUAUGAAAAAACAUAUCAGGAGUUGCUGCAACCGGUUCCAGGUAGUACAUUUUGGGAUCAGGAAGGAGAGGGGUUGGUCUUACCUCCUAACAUUAUCAACAAAGGUGCUGGAAAAAGGAAAACCAAUAGAAGAAAAGAUGUUGAUGAGCCUAGUAAAGGGAAGGUUAAAUAUACUAGGAAAGGGUUCCUACUCAAAGCAAGACUUGGACAAGAGGUAGGAGAAAAGGAAAUCAGAACAGAGUAGGGAGAAGCAUACCAGAUCUUGUGAAAGAUAAUGUGCCAACCCCGUCGCAAUACGUACAACAAAUCAGAAACGAAGAGGGAAGAGCACAAAUAUCAUCCAUUUGUGUCGGUGGGUCUGCAUCGAUGUCAACACCUUGGUUGGAAGCAACAUCAACUAGGGGAAGUGGAAAAGGGAAGAAACAAGGAAAGGGGGGAAGAGCAACACCGGUGGGGGUUGGAAUAUUCAAUAUUGUAUGGAGAUAACGGCCAGGUUUCCUUCAGUGGCUCCACAUAUGCACCUCCAGUAAUCCUUAGUCAAAGCCAUAUUCCAUCUCAGCCCAAAUUAUCUCAGUAGUUGCAUUGAGCUCAACAAACAGUUGACUUAUAUCAAUUUGAAAUUUAGAGCAAUGUGUAGUGGGUGAAUACUUAAUGAAUGUGGUCAUUUUUUGGUUCUGCCAUAUAGCAGGUGGUUAUUUUGUUCUUGUAUGACUAUUAAACUCGUUGGCUGUGAUAAUUUUUUUUGGAGAAAAGUGUAAAGAUUCUCACUUUAUAUUAAACAUUAACAAUGACGUGGUCUAUUUUUUUUAGAAA